CCGAAGCCUAUAAAACACUGAAGAAUACAGUCCCUCACACCGACGAGCUAAAGAGUCUCCACAGCUCAGAGAGAACCUGACUAAUCUUCAAGGGAUGAAAACCAUCCAGCUUCCCACCAUAAACCUUAGGAGGAAGAGUAAAGAUGUGCUGGAGUCGCCUGAAGCUCUCAGCGCCUCCCUUUGCGCAGCGAUGUCGACCGAGCAGACCGAGAAGUCUUCCAACGGCGCGGGAGGCGAGAAACGCAAGAACAAGAUUAGAUUCCCAGACCGAAUGAGAAUUACGGGCCUUAAGAAGCGCCAUAAGCAUAAACCUCCAGAAGUUCCAGUGGUCUUGGAUUUCAGCCAAAAUCUAGAACAAAAUCACUUAGCAGAAGCAAGCCAGCAUCUGUUAGCACAAGAAGAGCGCCUCUUCAGCUCAGAAGCAGCAGAUGAACAGGUACCUUGCACAGAUGGUGAGGAGGACAGACUGCAGAAGGACUAUGAGGCUCUGAAGCUGCAGCUGCGAAUGGUCAUCCAUGAUUCUUUCAACACGGAUAAUCAGGCGGCCCUGAAAAGUGCUGUGACUACUAUACUUCAGGAGGAGGAACGAGACCAUGUCUGGGAGAAGACAGCAAAACAUGAACGUCCAGUUUGGAGGCCGAUGGAAUGCCGAGAGAUCCAUAACAAACUUCUCCAGAUGGUGGUGGAGGUACGGCUUCAGCGGGCAAAUGAAGAAGAGAGUGGAGCGGACAAGCUGUCCACCUCCCUAAAGAAAGACAUUUGCCGGAUGGGCAAGCGCAUUCAGAAUGACCUGCUACAAGUGGUCAGAGAUGUGCAGGGAUGUUAUCCACCAGAGUUUGACGUGUGCAACAUGUACACUCAACUGUACCAUCAGGCAUUCUCCAUGAAACUCCAGGAGUUGACUCAAUCCAACACUGAGUUGGAAGACUGCAUCUACAUACUGAGUUGGAUUAACGAUUACUAUCCAAAGGGUGUGUUGCAACAGAAAGAAUUACAGUCACACAUCAAUAGUGAAGCACUAGGACCUUUGUUACCCACAGAAGGUCUUAAGACAUUGGAUGAGCAGUAUCUAUCACACAAAGAGGCUGUGGUCAAGACAUGGUUGUCCAGCGCCCUAAAGAGAGAGGAGGAACAUUGGCAGACUGGUGAAAAACCUGAACUGAUGGAUAAUUACUACAUUUCCCAUCUUGCCCUUGAUGUCAUACAUCUUGUUGAUGGAGCGAUUAAAGAGGCUGUGACUAUUUUGGGCAAUGAGGAUAAAGCUCAGAGGAUUCUGUUUCAGCUGUGCAGCUUUCUUGCAAGCUAUAAGAAAUCUAUUAAGGAACUUCUCAAAGGGAAGAACAAGGACAUUUCUGAUAUACUGAAGGCCAAUCUGGUCAGCAUCAAGCAAUUAAGGGAAUACAUAAAGGCAAGAGAAAAUCUUCCAGAGGAUGUGAAAGGAACCUGGCUGUCCACUGUAGCAGAUCUGAGAGAGUCCUGUCACCGAUACUUCCUUAGCACCAUACACAAGGAGCUCAAGCGGCAUUACCAAAAGCUGUGGACUCAGGCCUGGUUUUCAAGCAGCCAUAAUAUUACUGGAGAUCUCCUCACUGCUCUGGAGGAUCAGACAACACGUAUCACAUUCCUAAAGCCUGCCUGCAUGGAGGAGCUGUUGAGUCAGCUGCAUACUGAGGUGAUGAUGGAAUAUGUGAGGAGGAUGCUGAAGAGGAAAGUGAAACUGAAAGAGAAGGGCGAGCAGGAGACAGCUGCAACUUUUCUGUGUGAGGACAGCGCCAGAAUCAAUGCACUAUUUAUCAGAACCGGGUCUAAAGAGAAAUGGCUGUCCAAUGUCUUACCCAAAAUGUCAGAGGUAUUGAGGCUGCAGGACGCAGGGUCACUGCGUUCAGAGAUAGUUACAUUAACAAGAACCUACCCAGAUAUAAGUGAACGCCAAGUCCUUGCCCUUCUGCAGCUAAAGACUAACCUUUCCAGUGAGGAUGUACGCAAUAUUAAAGACAGCCUAAUCGAGAACAGAACAUCACCAGUCUCUGAGCCUCCACCACCUUUCUUUUGCAAUGUGCCUGUUAAAAGAAUGCUCAUCUAACGGUCUGUUACAAAUACAUCCAUCCAUCCACCCAUCCAUUUUCUAAGCCACUUCUCCAUCAGGGUCGCGGGGGGAUGCUGGAGUCUUCGGGCGAAAGGCACGAUACACCCUGGACAGGUCACCAGUCCAUCGCAGGGC